CUUGCAGACUGAAGAGCGCUGCCAACAAAGGCCGAGUCGAUGGGGUUACAAAAAAAUUGUUAAUUUGAUCAGCUAAAACCCUUUUGUUAUUGUAAUUAUAAUUUUAAAUAGGUUGUGAAUCUGUGAUUACGUUAAGAAAUGUGUGAAUGAUAUGAAUCGUGACGGCUAGCAAAGGAGUCAGCUGGUCCAUAGUGCGAAUAGUGAAUAAGAAAUGGCGGCCUUGCCAGCAGGUGUUCAGUAUGCGUUAUCAUCAGAGUCUAGUUAUAAAGAAAACAAGGAACUAGUGUUUGUGAAAUUAACGGAUUCAGCACUAAAAGCUAUAGAAGACUUCAUUAGAAAUAAUAGGGACAGGUUGGCAAAACCUAAAAUACAGUUCCUACCCGGAAAUGAGGGGAAAAUCUCGAUUCCGGCACCAUCCAGUGGAAAUGGAUCGUCGGGCGAAUCCACAUUUCACUUUAGCAUCAAUAGCAAUGCAGAAAUGGAGGGUCCACAGGGUUCGUUCGAGUGCGUCAGGAGCGGCGGCGCGCGGCGGCUGGAGUCGUGCGGGCCGCUGCCGAGGCGGAUGCGGGUGCAGGCGAACGAUGACUCGUAUGAGGCGACGAAGGACCGCAUGUCGAGGACCAUCGCUGCGGAACAGAGCAAAUGCACUCGCGUAAUAAAACCCAACCAAACAGACAUCGGUAGGCGCGUGAAGCUACGUUCGACGCAUCCCAUGUACUCGAACGGGGCAGCGUCACUCGCAGAUAGGAUAGAACGGCAAGAGAGGCCCGAGCGGCCGGAGAGACCAGAGCGACCAGAGAGGCCGGAGAGACCGGAACGGCCGGAAAGGCCAGAACGGCCCGAGCGGCAAGACCGGCAGGACCGUUCCGAGCGGGCGGAACGGCCCGACCGGGGGGAGAGGGUGGAGAGGCCCGCGGUGGUGCCGCCCGCGGCGCGCCCGCAGCCGCAGCAGCAGCCGCAGCCGCACCCCGCCCAGCAGCGCCCUCCCCCCAACCCCGAGCUUACGAGGCGACCUAUUAAAGAAAGACUUAUACAAUUAUUAGCACUGAAACCUUUCAAGAAGCCCGAACUAUACACGAGACUCGCUUGCGAGGGUAUCAAAGAAAAGGAAAGGAGUAUGGUGAGCAAGAUAUUGACAGAGAUUACGGUGGCGAAAGACAAUUGUUACCACUUACGUAGGCACGUGUGGAAUGACGUCAAUGAAGAUUGGCCAUUCUACUCGGAAGAAGAGAAACGUAUGCUCAAGAGGCGGAAACCUCAAAACCUGACGCCGCCAUUAAGCAGUGACUCAGCGAACUCCCUCUCGCCGCGCGCGUCGCCCGGCAAGCGCGGCGGCGGGCCGGCGGGCGGCGGGCCGGUGGGCGGCGGGCCGGCGGGCGGCGGGCCGGGCGCGGCCGCGGCGCCGGACGACGCGCCGGCGGCCAAGAAGCAGCGCAUCUCGCACUACCGCCGCCCCUCGCCGCCAUCCUCCGGCUACGCGACCACCUCGUCCGGCGAGCGCCACGCGUCCGAUAACGAGGACGAUCGCACCACCGUCAAAAAGGACAAUGGCUACACCCUAAACUUCACUACUAUUAAGGAUCUCUGCCAUAGUCCUGUGAAAGCGAACGGUUUUAGAAGUAGUCCACCAGUAGAGCAAACUAGUAUCACAGAAAAAGACAUCACAAAUACGGAACCAUUAGAAAAUACAGCUUUAACGUCUGUGCCUGAAGAAAACCCGACUGAUUUGGUAGAAAUUGAAAGGCAAUACCCGCCGAUAACGAGCUCGAGCACGCGGCGCGCGUACAAGAACGAGUUCUCGGCGCUGUACACCGAGUACCGGGCGCUGUACGCGCGCGUGGCGCAGGUGGCCGCGCUCUUCACGCAGCUCGAGCAGCAGCUCAAGCGCGCCGAGCCCAAGUCGCCGCACCACCGGGUCAGUGCUACCCGCUGUGUCACACACAAUACAUUAUUUAUUACUUAUUACUCUUCACGCAGCUCGAGCAGCAGCUCAAGCGCGCCGAGCCCAAGUCGCCGCACCACCGGGUCAGUGCUACCCGCUGUGUCACACACAAUACAUUAUUUAUUACUUAUUACUCUUCACGCAGCUCGAGCAGCAGCUCAAGCGCGCCGAGCCCAAGUCGCCGCACCACCGGGUCAGUGCUACCCGCUGUGUCACACACAAUACAUUAUUUAUUACUUAUUACUCUUCACGCAGCUCGAGCAGCAGCUCAAGCGCGCCGAGCCCAAGUCGCCGCACCACCGGGUCAGUGCUACCCGCUGUGUCACACACAAUACAUUAUUUAUUACUUAUUACUCUUCACGCAGCUCGAGCAGCAGCUCAAGCGCGCCGAGCCCAAGUCGCCGCACCACCGGGUCAGUGCUACCCGCUGUGUCACACACAAUACAUUAUUUAUUACUUAUUACUCUUCACGCAGCUCGAGCAGCAGCUCAAGCGCGCCGAGCCCAAGUCGCCGCACCACCGGGUCAGUGCUACCCGCUGUGUCACACACAAUACAUUAUUUAUUACUUAUUACUCUUCACGCAGCUCGAGCAGCAGCUCAAGCGCGCCGAGCCCAAGUCGCCGCACCACCGGGUCAGUGCUACCCGCUGUGUCACACACAAUACAUUAUUUAUUACUUAUUACUCUUCACGCAGCUCGAGCAGCAGCUCAAGCGCGCCGAGCCCAAGUCGCCGCACCACCGGGUCAGUGCUACCCGCUGUGUCACACACAAUACAUUAUUUAUUACUUAUUACUCUUCACGCAGCUCGAGCAGCAGCUCAAGCGCGCCGAGCCCAAGUCGCCGCACCACCGGGUCAGUGCUACCCGCUGUGUCACACACAAUACAUUAUUUAUUACUUAUUACUCUUCACGCAGCUCGAGCAGCAGCUCAAGCGCGCCGAGCCCAAGUCGCCGCACCACCGGGUCAGUGCUACCCGCUGUGUCACACACAAUACAUUAUUUAUUACUUAUUACUCUUCACGCAGCUCGAGCAGCAGCUCAAGCGCGCCGAGCCCAAGUCGCCGCACCACCGGGUCAGUGCUACCCGCUGUGUCACACACAAUACAUUAUUUAUUACUUAUUACUCUUCACGCAGCUCGAGCAGCAGCUCAAGCGCGCCGAGCCCAAGUCGCCGCACCACCGGGUCAGUGCUACCCGCUGUGUCACACACAAUACAUUAUUUAUUACUUAUUACUCUUCACGCAGCUCGAGCAGCAGCUCAAGCGCGCCGAGCCCAAGUCGCCGCACCACCGGGUCAGUGCUACCCGCUGUGUCACACACAAUACAUUAUUUAUUACUUAUUACUCUUCACGCAGCUCGAGCAGCAGCUCAAGCGCGCCGAGCCCAAGUCGCCGCACCACCGGGUCAGUGCUACCCGCUGUGUCACACACAAUACAUUAUUUAUUACUUAUUACUCUUCACGCAGCUCGAGCAGCAGCUCAAGCGCGCCGAGCCCAAGUCGCCGCACCACCGGAGCAUAGAGCAGCGCAUAGUGGAGGAGUACCAGCGCGUGCGCGGCGACCGCGCGUACCAGAGCGAGCGGCGGCGCGUCAACUACCUGCACCGCAAGCUCAACCACAUCAAGCGGAUGGUGCUGCAGUACGAUCAGCUGCGCAACCUGAAGCCGGAGCGAGUGUCUGCGGCGAGCACGACGCAAGCGUACUGACACACGAGCAAGCCGCCGCCCGCCCGCUGCCUCUAGUGCCGACGCGCCUUCACACCUGUAUUGGACUAUUUAUAUCACGUUUACACCCGUCUCCAGCGAGCCGGGACAACGCCGAGGAACUACACAAAAAAAAAAAGAAAAAAAAACGGCCUUCUGCAAACCGGCUUUUUUUUUCUUUUUUUCACCACAAACACCCCGGGCGACCCGUUCCCGAUGUUAUGUAUAUAUUUACAAGUUUUGUACGUAUCUCCCGAGUGGCAGAGUUUUUAUACGUCGCGCCGAGCGCGGGACCGAGCGUCGCGCGCUCGGGGCAAGCCAAAUUGCAGUAUUGUAAAUGUGUGUAUAUUCAAAUAUUGGUUAGAGGGGAGUCGUUUUACAUGUUUCCUAUUGAUGCUGCCUUAACCGAGUCGGUGUGAUGCGCUCGAUGCGGUUUUUACGAUUAGCGAGAUCGCGACCAAAAUUUUUCAUACACACACAUAUUGUGUCCUGCCGAUUUGGGUUAGUGAGCGGUGAGCGCGAUGUAAAAUUGUAAUUAAUGUAAAUUUCAUAUAUUAUGAUAUUGCGGCGUAUUAUUUUAAGUUGAAGAGUUCUUCCAUUAUUUUAACUGACGUAGAGAGUUAAUUCGGAGACGACUAUCGAGACGCGAACGGAACGGUGCGUCUCCGCAGUAUACCGGACAUGAGGGCCCACUACGAAUUUUAUGAAAAAGAACAUUUAUAAGAGAAACCUAGCUUAAUUAUAAUAUUACAUAUUUUCGGACAUUAACUGUAUUUAAUAUAUAUAUCGAACAUUAUUUUUCCGUAGCUGUUAUCUUUCUACUUAGUCAUAGAAGAACUUAAGUCUCCCGAGCGUGAUGGAAGUGGAAAUAUAAAGCGAGGUCACUGUUUAUAUUUUAACGUUAUUUGCUAUUGUUGUUAGCGUAGUUGACAAUUGCAAGCGACAUUUCAUCACUAUAUAGAAGAUUAAUUUCAUUUUUUAUCUCAUUUAAUUUUGAAUAGUGUAAAUACUGAAAGUACUAUAUUUAAUGUGAUUAAUUAAGUACAUAAUAGUCCAAUAGUAGUUUGUUCGUCCAAGUUUAAUUCCAUUCGUCAAAUAUUGCCGUCUCGUUAUUGUUGUCCAAAAUUCAGCUAUGGUUUGCCAAUUUGUUUAGUACUCUUCAAUCUGUUACCGACGGACCUAGUCAGAGAUGAAACGCGGCAUACACCAAUGAAAUAUGUGCCGGUCGUUCGUCUCUGACUGGCUUCGUCAAUAAAAUAAUGUAAGGAAUAUUGGGUGCGCUAUUGAUGGAUACAAAAAAAUAUUUCAAUUGUAAAUGUCAAUUUAAAGGACUGAAUGCCUUUAAAACCAAUUAUUUUGCAUUCGCGACGCCGUCGAUCGCGAUCGUCCCUUCGCUUACAAAUCCAUCCAAUAUUUUAACGUUGGACGUUCAAUGUAUGCGUCUUGCCCCGCUUGCAUGUUGUAUAUAGUACAUUAUAUAAAGAUUUAUCAUGUUCUUGUUAAAUUUUACUAUGGGUAGUGUAAUAUUUUUUCAGUUUUUUUUUUCUUUCGUUCUUAUAAAAUAAAAUAAUUAAUAUAUUAUAUUUGUUCCGUAAUGAGCGUCGCGUCGUCGUCGUGUUGAGAUCGUGUAUAUAAGCUUUAAAAACUCGUGACCGUCACAAAGUUACUCAUUCGAUGAUCGAGAACUCGGCUAGUGUUAAAUAACUCGCGGCGACAACGCGACGAUGCUGUUAUGUUAAAGUGGUCAUAGAUAUUUGCCAAAUUAUAAAUACAUUUUACAUAAUAAAUUAGUUUUUAAUUGCUACGAACGUCUUGAAAGUUAACAACCGGCCAGUGUUGGACAUCCACUAGACUUAAGGAAAUCUGGUCCUUUUCGGAUAACCCUCCAAAACACAAUAAAACGUAGUUAUUUUAGUCUUCGCUCGGGCUCAUUUUCACUGAUACACAAAAACACUAACUAUCGGUUUUAAUGCAUUAUAUUCUAUACAAACCUUUAAAAAUCUAAUGAAUUGCUAAAAUUUUAUUUCACGCUAAUAAACACGAAUGAUUACAAUUUAAAUGAGCCGAGUGUUAGCAAACCGUCUUACGUACAUUGUCCUGAUUCUAACGUCCAUAUUUGAAAAUGAUUUAGCGUUAAGUGAUGAUUACUUUAAUCCCUGAAUCAAUUAUUAGCAAUUUUGCGUGAAGUAUUUACCGUCGCUUGGGUUAAUUAACGACUCGUUGCAAUUUGUUUUGAAAUAACAGUCGCUAAUGAAUUUGCGCCAAUUAUUCACUUUAUUUCAAUGGAUAAAAUAGAAACACUGUUUAAUAAAUUUCACAUCAAAUUGUUUCCAUUCACUGUAUAUAUCUAUUGAUUUGUUAUAAUUAAAUAUAUAUUUAUGAAUAGCAUAAUGGAAACAUAAUAAUAUUGUAAGUAUAUGAUUGUUAUAGAUGCUGUUGUUUCGGUUAGUUUUGUCAAUUAUUGUGUCAAACGACGUUGCUAUUUCAUUUUCACUGCACGGUUAAAUCUAGAAUCUUUAUGCGAACACUCGAUAGUAUUCAUUUAUUUAUACCGAUUUUCAUUAAAGUUCCUAGAAUGUGCGAACGUAUGUUAUCAUGUAAAUUAAGUUCAUUUCAAAAUUCCAUAUCUCGUCUUCCUCUUACAAAAUUGUCAAAAAUAUGAUUAUUUUUUUAGUUCUUCCGUCAUAUUAAAUAUUUUCGAGUGUUUGUAUAGUUUGGUUCUUGGUUUUAACCCAAAAUGAUUAACACUAUAAUGGUCAAUUGAAUGUUACGUAAAAUGUCAACUAACGUCAAGUUCUCUGGUCAAUUCUCGCGUAAGUGUCCCUUUGUUUGCUCACACGUUUGUUAUCUCCUUAAAUUACUCAUGAAAAUGCUCAAUUCGAUCAUGAUAUUAGAUAAUAACCAUUACAUUUCGAAAUUUAUUAUUUUUUUUAUUUCAUUACUCCUCAUUAUUUAUAUUAUUUAGUACUAUCGCUAAGUUUAACGACAUUCGGUCUGUCCGCGCUUUCUUCUCUAUACUAAUUCUCAUAUAGCUCACAUGUCACAUAUUAAUUUCUUUCAUAUAUUAUGGCAAAAAAUAAAAAUUUCAACACGAACAACACCGUUUUAAAAUGUUAUUGUUACCAGUAGUUUAAGCAGUGUCGUUUGUUUUUUUGUAUCGUAUAAUAGAUUACUACAGAUAAUAAUUAUAUUAACUAGUACAUUUUGUUUCACGUGGAGGUAUCUCUUAUACGUUAACUUGUUAUGAAUGAAGUGGAUGUUGUGAUUAUGCAUUCCAUUUUGCUGACAACCCAUGCACUGUUCAAUGAUGCACUUUACACCUUUCACAUCUUUGUUUUUUUUAUAAUAGUGACGUCACGCGUCAUAGACUAAGCGAAGUGCAUCAAAAUAACCGACACAUGCACAGUAUGCAGACCAGAUAAUACAAAUUUUAUGAGAGAAAUUAUAUCCCUUUUAUGAAUUUAAUAAUAAGCUGUCACAAAGGGAGUAAUAAGUGUCAAAUUCACUUAAUUGUUACCUAUUAAGUUAUUAGAAAGGUUGGACAGAUAUAUAUUUGUAUUUUGUCAUGUUUAUACCAAUUGAAUAUCUAUGAAAUAUCAUAGUCCAUUGUACAGAGUAGGCGAUAUUUAGAGUCUAGUAACGUCAUCUUUUUAUUAAAUCCUAGUUAGUGAUAAAUUAGAAUUACUAAUUCCCAAACAUGUAUCGUUCUUUGCGGCAUGACAAAAUCGCCACUUGUAUAUUAUUAUUAUUAUUUAAUAUAAUAUCAUCUUAUAUUAUGUUCUUUAAUUGAUUAAGUAGACCGUGGCGUCAAUCUGGUUGUGUUAACCCCAUUUAUGAUCAUUACAAUGAAAAAUGGCCUAUUUUAUUUAUUAUGUAUUUAUAUUUAGUGCUCGACACACGUAACCGUGGCUACUUUGUCAUGUGCAAACUUAACACUGUUAUACUUAACAUAGCUGAUAUUAUAGCGGCUUAAAGGCGGGCGAUGCGUGAAUAUCAUUUAAUUACAUAAUUUGUUUAGAUAUAGAUCAUUGAGUUUGCGUAUUCUGAUCGAACGUUAUUGUAAAUUUGCUGUACAGAUAAAGAGAAGAUUAGCCGCCGUCGAGACAGGCCAACGGCGUUAUCGCAAGACUGUCGAUUUACCGAACAAUUUAAAUACUAUGUAUUAUGUCAAUGUAAAUAGAGUACGAAUUAGACGUUUAGAAAUGUUAAGGGAUGUAAUCGUAGCGUUUAUUUUUUAAUUAAAUAUAUAGUAUAUGAGCGGGGAAAUACGGAUUAUACGAGGCCGAGUCCCGACGGCGGCGGUCGUAACAAUGCUGCGAUAUUCCUUGUGCCCCUCGAGAUAUCAGUGCAUUAUAUGAGUCAGAUGUGGACUGUGGUACGCUAGUGUUAUUGUGUAUAGUGUUUAUAGCUCGGACACCGACACUUGCCAGCCGGUUCGAGCGAACGACGACAAGCUAUGAAAUCCUGACAUCGGCUCACGUUAAUUAGCUUUUAAAUAUUUCAUCAAAAUAUAAAAUACACAAAAAAAAAACGAUAUAAAUUUCUCGACCAAGUGCUGGUUGUUUUUUAAAUUAUUAAAAUGUAAAAAAAAAUUAGAUUAUAAACAAAGUAUAGGUACAAUUUAUCAAUUAUACUAUUUUCUUUUCGGCAUUUCAUGUAACAGUGGAAGGGACCUGUUUCUUCGCUACUCGGAAAUCAUUGCGCGUGCUCGACUCAGAGCACUCGUAGAGCGAACUCGGUAUCGAGUGUUCCUUUUGUAUUAUGUGAUUUCUUUGCUCACGUCCUCUUCCAUUGCUUUAUUAUUUGUUUCGCCAACUGUCUAAUUGUAUAAUAUAAUUUUGUUAAGGCAGGGUAAUGCAGAAAUGAGAAGAGGUACUUUUUUAUUUUUUGAUUAGAUUGAUGAAUUGUUUGAAUGUAUAAAUUGAGUUAAUUUAAUCCAUUCAAUGGAAUUUGUAUUGUUAUGAAAGGAACAAGAGUUUGUUGUUUUUUUUUAAUUAAGUCAUUAUAAAUUUCGAUUUUAAUGAGGCAGCGAUUAGUUAAUUACAAUCAUCAAGUUACCACAAAAACAAUAGUCAAAUGUAGGCUCUCUGGCAUUGCCCUUCAGAGAAUUGGCUUUAGCUCAGCGGCGUGCACCGCGCCUUGCGCUGGUCACUAAAGAUAUGCAACAAAAUACAGCUGAAGGGAAGUUGUGUAGAGUAUUGUUAUAAAAGGUACCUAUUCUAAAUCUGGAGAAACAGACUAACUAUCAGAUGCAAAUGUCGGAUAGUGUUGCUGCAAUAUGCAUUUAUUGCCAUCUUCAUAUUAUUUUCGAUUAUGGGAUCAGUGCCAAACUUUCUCUUUCUUGUUUAGCUCAAAACGAUGCAAUUGUUAGCAUGCUUGAAAAAACAGCUGAGUUAAGUGUUUAGUUAGUCUGCCAUUUUGUGAAUAUUUUGUUUUGAUAGUAAUAUGUAAAUCUUUUAUAAUAUAUUUGUUUACAAUAAAUAAAUGACAACAUUAUAAAUAAAUGAAA